CACCUCCCUUUCCUUUUCUUUUCAUGAGAUUCAGAGCUAGGAGAGAAGCGGGAGCAGCAUGUCGCUGCAGUUCUAAUCUAGAGGCUCUUGUGGUCAGGCUGGCUGCCCCUCGGCUUUCCAAUGUAUCAAGAGGCAGCAGACUCUGUCAUUCAGGGCCUCAUUGAGCCAUGCCCACACGGAGCCCGUCCCAGCUGUGUUUCUCCUGCCGUUCUGACCACCGCCAGACAGAGCUCCUUGACCAGCAGCUUCUCUGACCAUCUGGUUGGCAAAGACCCACAAGCCAUGAGGACAGGUCAAAGGCAGAACAAAGGAAUGAGGAAUCGCCUGGGAUGUCUGUCUCACAAAUCAGAUUCAUGUAGUGAUUUCACAGCUAUUCUUCCUGACAAGCCAAACCGGGCUCUCAAGAGGCUAUCUACAGAAGAAGCUACGAGGUGGGCAGAUUCAUUUGAUGUGCUCCUCUCCCAUAAGUAUGGAGUGGCAGCAUUCCGUGCUUUCCUGAAGACUGAGUUCAGUGAGGAGAACUUGGAAUUCUGGCUAGCCUGUGAGGAGUUCAAGAAGACUCGGUCAACCACCAAGCUGGUUUCCAAGGCACACAGGAUCUUUGAGGAGUUCGUAGACGUUCAGGCCCCUCGAGAGGUGAACAUAGACUUCCAAACUCGGGAAGAAACAAGGAAGAACAUGCAAGAACCUUCUUUGACGUGCUUUGACCAAGCCCAGGGGAAAGUGCACAGCCUCAUGGAGAAAGACUCUUACCCCCGGUUUCUGAGGUCCAAAAUGUACUUAGAUCUUCUGACUCAAAGCCAGAGGAGGCUCAGUUAGAGCUGAGAUGAGGACCCAUGGAAAUCACAGGCUUUCCCCUUCCCCAGCUGCCAAGACCAUAUUCCAAUGUGAAUCGUCAUCAGUGUUUAACCGAAGUGGAGUUUGGGUUGGGAGGCUGGGAGUGUGAGGAAGAAAGGAAGUGGGGCCACUUCCAAUGUGUGACCCAGCUGCCGGAUUGAGGACUUUAAUUCUAUUUGCCUGGUUGUGUUUGUGUAUUGGUUAGUGGUAGCGCCUCACAGCUGUUACCCUUCUCUAGGUCAGCGAAUGGCCCUUCAAAAUGCCUUGGGUCAUUUCUGCUGAGAUGGCAGGUUUGCUAUGCUGUGCUAAUAUGUAAAUAAUGCAAAAGCAAUUCACUCCCCCCCCCCAUUUUAUUACCCGACUUCUUGUUAAUGCCAUACCCUUGAGAGGAAAGAGGGGAAGAAUGACCAUGGGUCUCUCUGAUGUGAUUUGCAGUUUAGGAACUAUUGCUAGUCCUGGGUGUUUGGGCCUCAUUGCACAGGAAAGGAGGUUCCCAGGAGUCCCAGGUUAAGCAAGUCUGCCAGUUAUCGGAGAGGGAAGGGAAUAAACAUUUAUUAAGCGCCUACUAUGUGCUAAGCACUGUACUAAGUGCUCUACAUUACUAUCUCAUUUGAUAAUAUCUCAUUUUAUAUAUACAUAUAUAUAUAUAUAUCUAUAUCAUUUGAUUUCAGAUGGGACUGAAUUAGUGGAGUCAGCUAUUUCUUUUAUUUCCAUUGGCCACUAUUCAGUGGGAAAAGAAUAGGGGUGGGGUGGGGAGCUGGGGCCAUUGGGACAUGCUAUAGUCACUGCCCAUCCUAAAUUAGGAGGCUGAUAGAUUCCCUGUAUAGCAUUCUCGUGAAGGUACCUAACGGGAGAUAGAGUUCAUGGCCAUCAUCACAGCGAUUUUCUGCUCCUAGGGAAGCAGAGGGUUCUCUCUUUGAGUGUAUUUUACAAGUGUGAUCCCCUGGUAGAAGGGGGUGGUCAUCUGUAGUGAAUGACUAUUGCCAGGGAGGGUAGGGAGGAAGAUAUAAUGUAGAAGCCCAGUCUUCACGUUUGUUCAACAGUUUUUCUGGAGGUGGAAUGAUGGACAGAAGUAACAACAAUAGGCUUUCAUGCAGUGGACAACUUUGUAACCUGUCUGCCCUGUUCCCCUGUGACAUCAGAUAUCACUGUGCUGGCCUCCAGGAUAGUUCAGAGGGGUAAGAAGAAAAUGAAUUCACACAGCACAGCCAGCUCUCAGCAGGCCUACUGCAGGUCCUGUUGUCCUUGAUGCCAACCUCCAAAGGGGGGACAUAUAAUUAUACUGGGAAAAUUAGGCACCAAAGUCAGAACCUCUCUUGUCUAUAUAGUCUUGGGAGAUCAUAUUUCCCUCAAAGGAUCUCACUAAAGCAACUACUACCCUAAAGAUCCAGUAGCUUCUCCUUUUGGUGAUGAUCCUGGUGUUGAAGAUGAAACCUAGGGUGGUUAAGAAAAUGAGCAAUUACUGGAUUGGGAAUCAGAUGGGACUGUGUGUCAGAGAACUUUAUCCACUAAAGAUUGUUCUUAGAAGGUGCUGGGAAGCUCCUUCUGGGGCGAUGCAUGAGGAACCGGCAUCUAGGCUCAGCUAUCUAGAAUCAAACUGACCUGGGCACAAAUUUGUGACCUUCAAUGAGAGAAGCACUCCGCUGAGAUAGGAGGAGGGUACCUGUCAGUUGCUUGGAUCCCACGGUAGAUUGUCCUGCUAGAUUAGGAUAAGGAGCUGUUGGAAAGGUGACUUCGUAGUGCAGUGGAAUGAGCCCUGUCCUAGAGUCUAGUCUCUUUUCUGCCACAAAUUGACUGUGUGAUUUUGGACAAGUAAUGUCACUUCCUCCGGAGAUUGGUUUCCUUAUAGGUAAAGUGGGCAAGGGGGUGGGUGGGAAGGGUUAGAGCCUCACUAAAGUCCUUCCAGCUCUGAAAUUCUAGGCAUUUGGUUCUUUGUGGUGUCACCCAGCCUCCAAGGCCCUAGGUGUUUGAGGGAUGUCAUUGGGAUUGCUCCACAAAAAACUCUUUCAUGGAGAAAUUGAGUUUGGCACCUGAGCUCUGAGGGCUGGUGAUGCUCAGGAGCCCCGAACACGAGUGCUGCCCCCCCUUGGGGGUAGGUGGAUGGCAGUAACUACACCUUCAUCAUUUAAGUGUGUUUUUAAAUAGAGUCCACAUUUCAUUUGGUCCUGUCACCCCCCCUGCAUCUCCUCCAUUUACCUGUGAGUAGGGGCAGUCUCUGGUUAUUCUUAUUCUUAUUUCUUGUUGUCGUCAAGGGUCCUUGCACUGCCAAGGGUGUGUUUCUGUGUGUGUGUGUGUGUGUGUGUGUGUGUGUGUGUGUGUGUGUGUUGUUGUCAGUGUGUCUAUAUGCAAUAGCAUCAUGGAGUUUGGGGGGCAGGUUCUCCCCGUCUCUUUGGGUCUGUAACUGGGAAGACAGUAGAAGUUCCAUUCCCAACUGCUCUGGAGCCUGGAAAUGGGUGUUUCUAAGUAGAUCAGGCAGUCUUUCCCCUCCCCUUCCCCCAUUCCAAUCCUCCCUCCUUCCUGAGCCAACAGGAAACCAAUUUCAGCUGAAGCUGCCAGAAUGAAUUUAAUGAGGUUGCUCUUUCUAACACAGGGUAAACACUUUAAAUCACUGUUUACAUAGGACAUUUGCAUCUAUGGCCAGCUUUCCUGCCAAAUUUCAGGCACUUCUGAAUGGAAACAACACUUAUUUCUGAAGAGUCCAAGCAAAAUUUAAGGGGCCCUGUUACCACUUACCUGGGUAGUGAAGGGGUGGGUGUGAAAAGGUGGGGAGGGAAGGAAGAAUCUAAAAAAAAACUGGGCUGUAUCUUCAAUUCAGGCGUUAGAGCUUCUUCCAAUUAUUGGGGUGAGGACUGCAGGUGGGGGUGGUGCCUUGGCAGGUUGGCCACUUCCUCCCCCACAUGAGGGAGGUGUGAAGGCCCAAGCCUUAGGAUUUUGAGGCUUGCAGCUAAGGGAGAGUGGAUGUGGGUGGGUGUGUCCCUUCAUGUACAAUAGGUAUAUUUAGAGUGCUGGGUAUCGUGUGUGUGACAGCUGAGAGCAUCAGAUUAUAGGGGUGAGGCCCUAUCUCCACAGGGCAGACCCUUUAUGUCCUGAUUCUCCCCAGUUCAGAGUCGUCUUUCCUGCUGCCCUCUCUGGGCACUUUGGUUAAGCCAAACCCUGAUCAUUUUUGUUAUUAUUAUUGUGUGUAAUGAAACAAAGAGAAAUGUUUACAGCAUCAAAAGCAAUAUCCAAACAUACCUCACUCCUGUCCCCUUGUCUCUCUCCCCUGCCCCUCUCCUUUCCCUCUUCCCUUCCCUCCUUUCUCCUCCUCACUCCUGCUAUCCAUCACCUGCCUCACCUGUCCCUCAACAUGAGGAACGGUUUCUUCCACGUAAGUUCUUCCUUUCCUUACGGCGCUGCUGGGGCUUCUGCUAUUGUCUGCCUUCUAGGCAUGGUGCUGAAAUCUGCACAGAAGAUGGAAUAAAAGCCAGAGCAAGAUGGACAGCACUGAUAUUCCCUAAUCACCUUCUUCCUUUGGUCUUUGGGUUUGCCUUGAAGUUUGCUGUUGCCCUGGGCAAGCUAAAAACAAGAACAAAACCAAACCAUAGCCCAAAUUAUGGAAUGGGUGGCCUUCUUCAUUGGCAUUGGUGGGCAAGGAAAGUCUCUCUAAAGGGUGGGGGGCAGAACUAGGCUGCUGAAAAGAGAUUGUCGAGGACCAAUUGGCAAGAGAACCCAAAAAAUGGAUGAGUGUAGGCAGGAUCCAGAAUUCUGAAACAGACAAUUUUGUCUACCCCUUGAAUUUAUUCAAUCUUAUAAGCAUUUAUGGAAGCACUGACUGUGUGCCAGUUGUACUAGGCGCCAGAAAUAUGGAGACAAAGGUGAAAACAGGCCUUGCCCUGAAGAUUAUUCUCUACUGGCCUCUCCUAAACUUAACUAUCCUGGCUAGUUGCCGAUAAAUCCUCACCAGCCCGCCUUGCCCUCAGGCUGAUUUACCUGCGGACAGUCCGAGCCUCGUGUGCUGUCCUGGCCGGCAAAUGUGCUGGAUGGUGAAGACAGAGGUGCGAGGAGGGUCCUUUCUGCAAAGCCUCCCUGAUCCCUUUAUACUUCCUCCUGGCUCACCUGCCUUGUGGGUAGUCAGGACACUGUCUUAUUUUAGCUGCCAGCCAAAAGGCUUGGAUGUUUCUUUUACUCCAGCCUUUGGGUUCGGGCCGUGCCUAUGACCUCAAGACCUUACAAUAAGUUUAGGUGAGAACUCAGGUAAAUGAGUGAGGCAUGUUUUGAUAGUGGUUCUAGUGAGAAGAAUCUCACCAUUCUCCGUAGGGAUGUCACAUACUGUGGCUGUCAUGGUCUUCUAGCUACCUUUGGGGACAGAUUCUCGGUGGCGUCGCCAGUUCUGUCAGCUGCAAGCCACUUUCCACUUGAAUUUGUCUAUUUUUAAACCAGGGUGAAGUGAGGCAAUUGCCCCUUGAAUUUUAUCCACUGGAGAGACAGCCAUCCAUUACCCAGCUAAUUUUACUCUCUGGUGCUCUCCACAGAAUCUGCUGCUCCGGAUUAAACCAAAGUUGUGAAAUUGAUGCCUUCCUAGGCCGUAGAAGGCCCAGCACUGGAGGGUCGAUCUGUAGUCCUUCACUGGGGCUUCUCGCUUUGGCUGUGCCCUUGGUUGGACUGACUCAUCCCAGGCAGUCCUGCACUCUGGAAGCUGUAGCACAAGGCCCUGGGCUAUGGAGAAGAUUAGGUAUGGUAAGGGGGAGAGGGAUGAGUUUGAUUUUCCUAGGAGCUGGGAGAGGUGAGGAUGUGGGUGGAAAAGGUGGGGAGGGAGAGAAGUGGAAGGAGAAGAGAAAGUUCGUGAUUUCCUUCUCUCUCUCUCUCUCUC